AUGGGCUCUAGUCAGAGCAGCGAGAAAUUCCACUGCAACCGCUACCUGGACGGACAGGGUCCUCCAUCACUGGUAGAACAAGCUACUGGAGAGGUGAACGGGAUGUUCAGAGCUCUGAACGGCCAGAUGACCUGGGUGGUCCUCCACAGAGACCUGCCAGGUUUCCAUGACGACAACACCCUGCAGAUCAACUACAUAUUCCCUGAUGGGACACAGACCGAGAAACACCCCCACCCCGGCCAGCCGUAUACCGGACUGCGGCUCUGUGCUUACCUGCCUGACAACCGUGAAGGCAGGAAGGUCCUGAAGCUGCUGGAGAAGGCCUUCAACCAGCAGCUGCUGUUUACGGUUAAAACCAAUAAAGAUGGAGAGGACGUGGUCACGACAGCUUCCAUUCCCCUAAAAACACAACCAGACGGAGGGAGCAGAGCGGAUGGAUAUCCAGACUCUGACUACCUGAAGACUGUGAGAACGCUGUUGAAGGAUAAAGGCAUUGAAUAACACACAACACACACUGCUGGCAGAGACUUUAAACUACAGUUAAUAUCUGAAUAUCCAGAGAACAGGCGCUAUAAAUAACUAGCAAAUGUCUUUAUUUUUAAUUUUACACAUUACUAGUGGUUGUUGUUGUUGUCA